AUGUUUGGCUUCAUCGCAGAUAUCUUGACCUCGGUCACAUCCAUCCUCCUCCCCGUCUUCUUCUCCUACAAAGCGCUCCGAACCUCCGACCCAGCAGUCCUGACACCAUGGCUGAUGUACUGGACCACACUCUCGCUCUUCCUAGCCGUUGAGUCGCAGCUCUACUUCAUCCUCUCCUGGGUUCCCUUCUACAGCUGGAUCCGCUUCGGCGUCCACCUCUACCUCGUCCUGCCCGGCCAGCAAGGCAGCGUCUUCAUCUACAAACAGCACAUCCACCCAUUCCUCGAAGACCACGAACGACAGAUCGAUCGCAUGAUCAGUGAUGCGCAUGCCAAGGGCAAGGCUGCAGGCUUGGAUGCUGUCAAGAGAGCGAUUGAGUAUGUGCGAGUGAACGUCUUGGGUCAAGAGCCGCGCAGACCAACACCACCACCAAGCCGCAAUGUCAGCUACACAACACACCUCUUCAACCGCUUUGCCAUGCCCACGGCUCGCGAAAGUCUCGCGACAGCCGGUACCAGCCAUAUCUUCAACAUGCUCGGCAAAGUCCUCCAGCAAAGCACAUACCCCGACGCCACAUCCCAUGACGCCGCAGCUCGCGAUCUCGCCAGUUCUGGAACCUUGAUCCCCUCAGACCUCCGUGGCGAAGACCGCAACGACUUCGUCAAUACUCAACGCGAACGCCUCCGGACCCUCCUCCAAGCCUUCGAUGCCGAAGCCUACGACGCCGACGACGCAGCAACAAGCGGAUCACAGUCCCGGUCAGGCGCGCCACAAGCACCCUCAAGUCGCAAGUCGUACCUCUCACCAGACGCACCAUACAUGCACGCCUCGCGCUCAGAGUCCGAGUUUGAAGAUUUGGGCUACGAGACCAUGCCGGACCCUGACCAGUUCCGUCCACGCCAGGAUCGUGAUAGGACGCCGCCCGGUAGGACUCCUGGAGAGCAGAAGCCGGGAUGGAGUAAUUGGAUUUGGGGAAAUUAUGGGGAGAAGGAUAGCGUGGUGGAGCCUAAGAAGGACAUGUAA